CUGUGUGUCUGUGCUGCAUCGCUCCUCCUCAUGGCUGCCAUGAUGCUGCUGCUGCUGAUGAUGAUGCUGAUGCUGAUGUCAUCACCGCCUCCUCCCAGCAUCCAUGGUGGCACAGCAGCACCGCCAUUUUCCCCUCUCGUUUCAGCCAGACAGACGAGGACAGACUGGAGCACCCCGCACCCAUCCUCCUGUUUAUCCAUCUCGCUCCUCCUCCUCAUCCUCUUCCUCCUCCUCCUCCUCCUCCUGUAGUUUCUAAUUGACGCACCGCUGCGUUCACUCUCCAGCCCACCCAGCUGCUACUGCUGCUGCUGCUGAAGCUGAACUCUCCUCUCCAUCAUCCUCCGGCGGAUUCUCCAUGUAUGGAUGCGCCAAGGAAAGGGAUGCUGUAGGCUGAACCGAAAGACGAGAAUCACAGGCUGCUGAGGAGACUGAAGAAGGAGUCAGCUGCGGAGGAAUCCGGCUGCUGUUUUGUUUUGGAUGGACAGAGGAUUCAUCCUCUCUGCGCUCGACGAGUCUGAGUUGCUGAGGUGCCAGGUGUGUGUGUCUGUGUAGCCACACAGAUCUUCAGCUCUCCUGCUCACUCACACGCCCUCCUGCGACAUGGCUGCGGCUUCAGUGAAGGUGGCGGUGAGGGUCCGACCCUUCAACUCCAGGGAGACGGGGAAGGACAGCAAGUGCAUCAUUCAGAUGACAGGAAACACCACAACGAUCCUGAACCCCAAACAGCCGAAGGAAAACAAGAGUUUCAACUUUGACUAUUCUUACUGGUCACACACCACGCCUGAGGACAUCAACUAUGCGUCCCAGGUGCAGGUGUACAAGGACAUCGGAGAGGAGAUGCUGCUUCACGCCUUUGAAGGCUACAACGUGUGCAUAUUUGCAUACGGCCAGACAGGAGCGGGCAAAAGCUACACCAUGAUGGGACGACAAGAGCAGGACCAGCAAGGAAUUAUACCUCUGCUGUGUGAGGACCUUUUCACCAAGAUCCAUGGCAGCAAUAACGACAACAGAAUGGGGUACUCUGUGGAGGUGAGUUACAUGGAAAUCUACUGUGAGCGUGUGCGUGACCUGCUGAAUCCCAAGAACAAAGGAAACCUGCGUGUCAGAGAGCACCCUCUGAUGGGACCUUACGUUGAAGAUCUGUCCAAACUAGCCGUCACUUCAUACAAUGACAUCCAGGACCUGAUGGACUCUGGAAACAAGGCCAGGACUGUGGCUGCUACCAACAUGAACGAGACCAGCAGCCGCUCCCACGCCGUCUUCAACAUCAUCUUCACACAGAAGAAGCACGACAUGGAAUCGGAGAACACAUCGGAAAAGGUCAGCAAAAUCAGCCUGGUGGACCUGGCUGGCAGCGAGAGAGCCGACUCCACCGGAGCUAAAGGAACCAGACUGAAGGAAGGAGCAAACAUCAACAAAUCUCUGACCACACUGGGGAAGGUUAUUUCUGCUCUGGCUGAACAGCAAGACUCAGUACCAAACAAGAACAAGAAAAAGAAGAAGGUGGAGUGUUUCAUUCCCUACAGAGACUCAGUUCUGACUUGGCUGCUGAGGGAGAACUUGGGAGGAAAUUCUCGUACCGCCAUGGUGGCUGCCCUCAGCCCUGCUGAUAUUAACUAUGAUGAGACCCUCAGUACCCUCCGGUACGCCGACCGUGCUAAACAGAUCCGCUGUAACGCUGUGAUCAACGAGGACCCCAACAACCGUCUGGUGCGUGAGCUGAAAGAGGAGGUGGCUCGCCUCAGAGACCUGCUGUUCGCACAGGGCCUGGGAGACAUCAUAGAGACGUAUCGCUGCACCGGCCCCGUCAUCGCUGGUUUGAAAUACCUGUGCGAUUACAAGAACUUUGUGAAUAAUCGCCAGGCUGUCAAUCAAAGGGGUGAUCUCUCCGCAGUGUCCACUGUUAUGACAGGAAUGAGUCCCUCCCCCUCGCUCUCGGCCCUGUCCAGCCGCGCCGGCUCCAUCGCCAAUCUCCACGACCGCAUCUUCAGCCCGGCCAGCGAAGAGGCCAUCGAGAGGCUCAAGGAAACCGAGAAAAUCAUCGCAGAGCUCAACGAGACAUGGGAAGAGAAGCUGCGACGUACCGAGGCCAUCCGUAUGGAGAGAGAGGCCCUGCUGGCUGAGAUGGGUGUUGCCAUGAGAGAAGAUGGAGGCACUGUGGGCGUCUUCUCUCCAAAAAAGACGCCUCAUCUGGUGAACCUGAAUGAAGACCCGCUGAUGUCAGAGUGUCUGCUGUAUUACAUCAAAGACGGCAUCACCAAGGUUGGCCGUGAAGAUGCCAAGACUCGCCAGGACAUUGUCCUCAGCGGACAUUUUAUCAGAGAUGAACACUGCACCUUCAGCAGCACCACGGGUCCUCAAGGAGAAGGAUGCGUCAUCCUGGAGCCAUGCGAGGGCUCAGAGACGUACGUCAACGGGAAGAGAGUGAGCUCUCCCACCGUUCUACGAUCUGGGAACCGCAUCAUCAUGGGAAAGAGCCACGUGUUCCGCUUCACUGACCCGGAGCAGGCUCGUCUGGAGCGAGAGAGGACGCCGUGCGCCGAGACGCCGGUGGAGCCCGUCGACUGGGCCUUCGCUCAGAGAGAGCUGCUGGAGAAACAAGGCAUCGAUAUGAAGCAGGAGAUGGAGCAGAGGCUUCAGGAGCUCGAAGAUCAAUACCGCAAAGAAAGAGAAGAAGCCAGUAACCUGCUAGAACAGCAGAGGCUGGACUAUGAGAGUAAACUGGCGGCUCUUCAGAAACAAGUGAACUCUCGGUACCUGGAGUCUCCUGAGGAAGAAGAGGAGCCCGAAGAGGAAGUGCCGUGGACGCCACGUGAGACAGAGUUGGCUCUGUGGGCUUUCAGGAAGUGGCGUUUCUACCAGUUCACCUCUCUCAGGGAUCUGCUCUGGGGCAACGCCAUCUUCCUCAAAGAGGCCAACGCCAUCAGUGUGGAGCUGAAGAAAAAGGUGCAGUUCCAGUUCGUCCUGUUGACAGACACUCUCUACUCCCCCCUGCCCCAAGACCUGCUGCCCCCCAGUGUGGCCAAAGAGAGGGAGAGACGACCUUUCCCCCGAACCAUCGUCGCCGUUGAAGUGCAAGAUCAGAAGAACGGAGCCACACAUUACUGGACUCUGGAGAAACUCAGGCAGAGGCUGGACCUGAUGAGGGAGAUGUACGACCGUGCUGCAGAGCUCCCCAGCAGCGCUGUGGAGGACUGUGACCACGCCUUGACCGGAGGCGACCCCUUCUAUGACCGCUUCCCCUGGUUCCGUCUGGUCGGCAGGGCUUUUGUGUACCUGAGUAACCUGCUGUACCCGGUGCCCCUGGUGCAUCGCGUGGCCAUCGUCAGUGAGAAAGGAGAGGUGAAAGGCUUCCUCAGAGUGGCUGUGCAGGCCAUCUCAGCUGAUGAGGAGGCCCCUGAUUAUGGCUCUGGUGUCAGGCAGUCAGGCACUGCUAAGAUCUCCUUUGAAGACAAACAGUUUGAGAAGUUCCAGACCGAGUCGUGUCCUGCUGGUCUCUCCCACUCCAACACCUCCCAGGAGGAGCUGCGAAUCGUGGAGGGAGAAGGGAGUUCAGAGAUGGGAAUCACUGCCGAUGAAGUCAACAACAACACCUGUCCAGCCGACAUUGAGGCUCCCCCCAGCCCAGAGAAGAGUUCAGGUCUGGGUCUGGAUCUUCCUUUGGACCUCUCCCCGGAGACAGCUCUGUCUCAUCUGAAGAUCGGCAGCACCUUCACCUUCAGAGUCACUGUCCUACAGGCCUCCAGCAUCUCAGCCGAGUACGCCGACAUCUUCUGCCAGUUCAACUUCAUCCACCGCCAUGACGAAGCGUUCUCCACUGAGCCGCUGAAGAACACGGGCAGAGGUCCUCCGCUGGGCUUCUACCAUGUUCAAAAUAUCACAGUGGAGGUGACAAAGUCCUUCGUGGAGUACAUCAAGACUCAACCCAUCGUCUUCGAGGUGUUUGGUCACUAUCAGAAACAGCCUUUCCCUCCGCUCUGCAAAGACCUCAUCAGUCCACUGAGACCUUCCAGGAGGCAGUUCCCCAGGGUGAUGCCCUUAUCCAAACCAGUGCCGGCCACAAAGCUCAGCACUCUGACUCGCUCCACCGCAGGACCGUGUCACGCCAAAUAUGACCUCAUGGUCUUCUUUGAGAUCUGUGAGCUGGAAGCUAACGGAGACUACAUCCCAGCUGUUGUUGACCACAGAGGAGGGAUGCCCUGCCACGGCACAUACCUCUUACAUCAGGGCAUCCAGAGGAGGAUCACAGUCACCAUCGCUCAUGAAACAGGAAAUGAUAUUGAGUGGAAAGAGGUGAAGGAGCUGGUUAUUGGUCGUAUUCGAAACACACCAGAGGCUGAUGAGACCAUCAUCGACCCCAACAUCCUCUCCCUCAACAUCCUGUCUUCUGGAUACUUCUGGCCAAAACACAACGACAACGUCUCCUUGGGAGUUGAUCAUAGAACGUUUUACCGAUUUGAGGCGGCGUGGGACAGCUCCAUGCACAACUCUCUGCUUCUGAACAGAGUCACUCCCUACGGGGAGAAGAUCUACAUCACCCUCUCUGCUUAUCUAGAGAUGGAGAACUGCACUCAGCCAACAGUGAUCACCAAAGAUUUCUGCAUGGUGUUUUAUUCCCGUGACGCGAAGCUGCCGGCCUCUCGCUCCAUCAGAAACCUCUUCAGCACUGGCUGCCUCCGGCCCUCUGAGAGUAAUCGUGUCACUGGAGUCUAUGAAGUCACCCUCUGCCAUGUAGCGGACAACGGAAGUCCAGGCAUGCAGCGUCGUCGCAGGCGCGUGCUGGACACCUCGGUGGCGUACGUCCGAGGAGAGGAGAACCUGGCUGGAUGGAGGCCUCGCAGCGACAGCCUCAUCCUGGACCACCAGUGGGAGCUGGAGAAACUCAGUUUACUGCAGGAGGUGGAGAAGACCAGGCACUACCUGCUGCUGAGGGAGAAGCUGGAGGCGACUCUGCAGGCAGGACAGGACGCGCUGUUCAAGAGCAGCGACAUCAGCGACUUUGCAAAGAGUCCCGUCCUCAGCCACAGUCCCGGCAGCAGCCCUGCCCUCGACAGCCCCAACCAGAGGCAGAGGGAGCUGGCUGCCAAGUGUCUGCGUCUGCUGAUGCACACCUUCAACAGGGAGUACAGCCAGGUGAGCAGCAGUGCCAGUGAGAGCAAGCUUUCUGAGAUGUCUGCGUCGCUAAUGAGAGACUCCUCCUCGUCUGGACUGAGCACGCUCACUCCGUCCUCUACCUGCCCCUCACUGGUCGAGGGAAACUAUGACAUCAGACUCACUGAACCCAGUUCAGGAGCAUCCACACCAGAUCUGGACCCGUUCAGCCCCGUGGACAGAAAGAAAACUCUGAGAGGAUGCACCUUUGUUCCUGACAUACAGGAAAUCCGUGUCAGCCCCAUUGUGUCAAAGAAGGGUUACCUGCACUUCCUGGAGCCACACACCAGCGGCUGGGUGAAGCGCUACGUGGUGGUGCGCCGGCCUUACGUCUACCUGUACCGCAGCGAGAGGGACAGCGUGGAGAGAGCUGUCAUCAACCUGUCGUCUGCAAAGGUGGAAUACAGUGAAGACAAACAGACCUUACUGCGGACUCCCAACACGUUUGCUGUGUGCACUGAGCAUCGUGGGAUACUGCUGCAGGCCACCAAUGACAAAGAGAUGCACGACUGGCUGUACGCUUUUAACCCUCUGUUAGCCGGCACCAUCAGGUCGAAGCUCUCCCGGAGAAAGUCGGUUCAGUCGGCCCCGCCGGUCCCGUCUGCUAUGAGGAUGUGAGAGGUGAACCGGCCGGGUGGAAAACAACAAACAAAACAAUACAAUCUAAAAGCUCACCAUCCUGCUCUAAUGAACAUACUCCAUAUAUACAAACUUAUACAUAAAACCACUUAAAUAACCUUCUAUAUGACGACCGUCCCGGUCCCAAACAUCACUCGAUCGCUCAUCCCAACAAAACUGUCUUUUCUCUCUUUUUUCAGUCGCCACCUCAAAACCCUGCAUGGUGUGCUCCCUCCUGACCUUUAGAAGAAACAUAAGACAAACUAACCACCCCAACCCGUCAAUAAACGUACCUCUGCUGGGCAUUGGGACUAGUUUUGAUUAGCUGUCAUGUAUAAAUCUGUCAUCUGUGAGGCUUACAGUUCCCUGUAGAGCGUUAGUAUGUGGUCAGUCCCUCCUUCAUUCAUAGUAACUGAAGACAAGUCCCAGUUUUAAAUCAACCAUUCAUGUAUUUCUAAUAAACGCCAUCAGGUGAGGGGGAAACUGCAAACAUCAAACCGGAUGUUUCUCUUUGUAGAAGUGUGUUAAGUGCAGGGAUGAUCGCUCCUUAUACAUCCAUCAUAUACUGUACAUUACCUCAGCUCUACAGCAUAGAGUAGUUGUUGCACUGCAGAGGUUUCAGAUCAGCCAUUUUAACAUUGAAGUAGCAUGAGGGAUUUGUUAGGACAAAAGGGUACGUUGUUGUUCCUGUGUCGUUUUUGUUUUUAAUUCCAUGAAAACUGAGUUCGUUGGCUAGAUUAAGGCAAAAUAAUCCAUUACCAGGAGAGAUAACUCAUGUCCUUGCCUUGUUCUCGUUAUGUGCUUCUUUUUAAAUUAAUAAUGCAUAAAGAAUAAUGUUAUUUAUUGUUGCUAUUGUAGGUUUUUCUGCACUGUUAUUUAUUUGUGACAGGACCAAUGACCAGUUUUGUUGCAUGGCACUUUAUCGUCUUUAUUGAGUUAAUGUAUUGUAUUUAACCAAAGCAUUCAUUUCUUGUUUUAAUUGUUUCAAAUCAUUGUCCACUAUGCUGCCAUGUUGGCAGACAUUUAGGAUGUUAAAGAAAUAGUUUGACAUUUACGGAAAUACACUUAUUUGCUUUCAAGAUAUAGAUGAAAAGAUUGAUACCACUACAGUCUGUAAAUAUGAAGCUACAGCCAGUUAGCUUAGCUUAGCAUAAAGACUGGAAGCAGGGGUAGACAGCUAGCUUGUCCAAAAGUAGCAAAAUCCAGCCACCAUUACCUCUAAAGCUCACUGAUAACACAUUAUAUCUCAUUUGUUUAAGCCGUACACAAACUGAAGCGUAUAAAGUUGAGAUUUUACGGGAAGUUAUGUGCUGGGCUAUUUAUUGGCGACUUCCAGGACAAACGAAGGUACUAAUUAGAUAUAACGUGUAACUUAGUGAGCUUUAAAGGUGCUGGUAGCCAUAGACUGUAUAUAAUAAGUGGACGUCGUCACCGUGACGUCACUCAUUGGACUGUGGACUGCUGUUUUGAAGCCUUGACUUUGUCAUUUUGGGCAUCACCAGACUGGUGACUGCUAUACAAUCAGACUUCUUUUUGCAACCAGAGGAGUCGCCCCCUGCUGGAUAUUAGAUAGAAUGCAAGUUAAAGGCACUUCCGGACUGGCUUCACUUUUCAGACCUGGACGUAGCCCACUGCUGGUAGACAGUUUCCCUGUUUCCGCUUUUUAUGCUAAGCUAACUGUCUUCUCGGUACAAUAGUUAUAUGCAUAACCUCCAAUUUUAGCUUUUGGCAAGAAAGCGAAUGAGCAUAUUUCCCUAAUCAUUAAACUAUUUCUUUAAACUAAUCAAUUAUACCUAAAUUAAGAUGUUUUACAUGAUAGAUACACCAGGAGGUCAACUGUUAUGUGCGUAGUUUAACUUUAAUCAAAUAAGCACUUAUUCUGUCUGUUAUGGGCCAGCGGAGUUGCGACAGUAAAUAAGUUUACUAUUUAAGUCUCCUCUCGUAGCUAAAUGGAAAGUUGUAAUUGACCAUGGACCUGUAAUCUGUUGAAGGCGGUUGCUUUUGGUGGGCAAGAGCGUUGUCCAUGCACCAGAUAGUGCCUCCCUGUGUUCAUCUCUCUCUCUCCUCUCCCGCCUUCAUCGUUGUCUCUGACACCAACACUGAAGUUAGUAACACGUGUCCAAGAUUAAGCUUUUAUGUAGAGUAAAAGUAGAUGCUGUGAAUCUUUUUUUAUGUCAAUGUUUUGGAGAGUGAAUAUUAUCAAUGAUGCUAUAUAGUAAGUACCAGUACAGCGUAUAUCUCAUUAUCAUUAACUGUAAAUGUUGCAUUUUAAAGCACUCCCCCCCCUCUUAGCUUUUGUACUGUAGCUGCUAGAUAUUUGACAGCUUGAUGCUCGUGGCAGAAACCAGUACAGUAUGAUUAGCUUGGUGUUGUUAUGACUUUUAUGUUCAGGGAUGGUUUCUAGUUGCUUUUAACUACUGUCUGUUGUUUUGCAUUAUACCAAGAUGACCCCAAAUGUUGGUUUGAGAUCAAUAUCAGUGGAAGGAAAAAGGUAACAAAAAAAUAGUUUGCCUUUGCCAGAAAGAAUGUUUAAGGUGGACAUUAUUUUGAAUUUUGUAUUUGCAUUUCAAGGGACUAGUGGAGUGCCCAUUUGGAGUGUGUGCCCGUCUGGAACGAGCCGAUGCUUGGCCCCUAGAAUUUCUUCUUGCAGUGUUGUCGAGACUGCUUGUACCCGCCAAGUGUGAAAUUGAUUGGAUGAACAGUUCUCGAGAUAUACGAAGGGCCGUCAUACCUACAUAAACAGAAAGAUUCUUCCUUUAUAUUUAGAUGAUGCUGCUAAAGCGCCACUUAUUGGCCAAAUGGCACCAAAUUAGCUAUGGUCACUCAGACAUCAUAUCUACACAUGUCCACCAAAUGUGGUCACAAUAGCACAAAGCGUUUAGGAGAUAUUACAUUUUUUCUAAUACAAGCCCUGCCCACAGCAUUUGAGCUAACUUUGAGGACCAGCGUUAGCAAAGCUGUAUUGAAUAUCAAAAAUCCCAAAAAGUAACAUUUUCCAGCGUAUUCCAAAGAUGUUCUGUACCAAAUUUGGUGACGAUUUGACAAAAGUCAAAAUGGUGGAAAAUCAGUCUAGACACAAAUGAGCGUGACUUUUAUGGACAGAUUUGUCUGGACCCAUAACAUUUUUUGUGUCUGAGACUUACGAUUCAAAAGUUACAGGCCAAAACAUAAAGUUCAUUGUUAUAGUGCCACCAUCUGGCCAAAUUGCACCACAUUUCACACUGCACUCCCUUGGGUUCUGAGCAAUACACCUGCCAAGUGUAAAGUCGAGCGGACGGACGGUUCUCGAGAUAUGCGAAGGACACACAGAAGAACAGACAGAAGGACAGACAGAGAUUACCUGCUUUAUUGUUAGAGGUUAGACACCAGUAUUAUUCCAUUCUAAUUCUUAUUCUUUUGUAAAUCUCUAUCAAAGAAAUGGUCAGCCAACCAUUUUGUCUUUGCCACGUUCCUCUUGUUUCUUGUUUGAGUGGUUGUGAUCAUCUUUUUGUUAAACCUGACUUGUAAUCAGAUAAUUGAAAGUAUUUUGUACGCCAGAGGUCAACCAACCUGUUGAGCAAUGCAGCCUAAUACUUAAAAUAAUCUGUACAAAAUCUGUUAUAUUUCCCAUUUAACUUUAGAUUUGUUGUAAUUUGUGGCUUCUUUGAUUUUAGAAAUGAUAUUCUGUCUGUUAGCAAAUGGGAUUACAUCCUUUAUUUCUGGGUCAUUUUGGUAUAAUCAGCUUUGUUUUGUAAAAAUGUUUGUAGAUAGUAUAUAUAUAUAUAUAUAUACAGUAUGUUGUCUGCUGGAACAGAAGACAAAUGGAAAGUUUUAUUUAUAAAGUUUAGAAGGAUGGAUUAUGUUCUUAUAGUAUAUUGCACUCAUGCACAAGGCAUCUUUAUUUAAUUUGAUUUCGUAUGAUGAUGUUUUCAGAAUGUAUGGAAGAUACUGGUUUGUGUUUUAUUACGACCCUGUCCUGAAGGGAGAAGAUUAGAUUCUGUAACUGCCAUUUUUUUGCUUCAGCAAUCAACCCACCAACAACAACACUGCACCAAAUUACAUUGAUUUUUUUUAGGCAGAUGACUUGCAAUGCUUCCAGCCCUAAUAGUUCAAGGGUAUCAUGUUUAAAGAAACACUUUGUGAGGCAGUUUUAGUGCUCCGGCCAAAUAAUUGUUGAAAGGUAAAUGAGUUGAUUUAUAUUUGGCUGCUUUUUAACUGUCAUAGCUCUGGAUCGAAGCAUGCAGGUCCACUUCUCUUCUGCUGUCCCUCUCUCCUGCCUUACCGCUUGCUAAUGACAACAGCUUUCCCCCCCUGAAGUGCUGCUUGUAAAGUAUUGUCAUUCAUGAUCCUUGUAAUGACUAACUGGAAAACCCUCCUCUUGGCUCUGUCUUGUAUAUAAAUGGAGAUUUUCUGUGUUGGGUCUCAUCACACAGAUGAUAUUAACUCUCUCUUCCUCUGUAUACCAUGAUGAAUAAGAAUAACUGGCCUGCUGCUUCGUCAAGUGUCACCCCAGAGUAGAGAGUGCUGAUCGGAGAUCAGUUUUGCACACGUCAGCUCAGUGUGGGUGAGGUGGCCAUCGUGGACCGGGUAGAUGAUCCCCAGGUCUGUCACUCUUGCUCUGAGCUGCCUGACAGAAGCAGAAACGGGUCUCAGCCUGUGAUGAAGUCUUAAUCUCAGUGCUCACGUUUAUCUUUUGAGUGUUCUGGAGUUCUUUCUCAUGUCUGUGGACACGUAACAAAAGUUGUCAGAAAAAAACAAGGCGAAUAAAUAAAUGAGUGUUGAAACUUAUGCAA